GGGUCGCCGCACGUUCCACUUCCGAUUCAAAUGUGAAGAUUCUGCAACGUUCAUGAAUCACCAGCAAAUCGUGAAAAUGCGCAUGGUUUGCAUAGUUGUUACUUGUCUCAUUUCUAAUUGGAUUUUUUUUUAUUGCUUAUAACUUUUUACGCGUCAAAAAAGUAUAAUUAAGAUUUUUUUUUCGUUUUUGUUGUUGAAAAAUCGUGUGAAACGAGGACAAUGAGGAUGAAGAAUCACGAUGCAGAUCCUAGUCUAGUAAUUGCCCGGUUAAUUGCCGAAGGUAUCAGGCAGUAAUUCUCAUCAGUAAAAAACCAGAAAACGGAUCAAUAAAGGGUCGGAAAAUGGAACGCAGGCGAAACGACCCAACAUUAUUUACUUCAACCAACGCAACAAAUUCCUUCUGGCGAAGAAUGGCGGCGCCCGGCUCAGCCGCCGCCGCCGGAGGCACCGCCAAAGCUACGGUGGCCGAGCAGAUCUCUCAGGCGGUGCAGUCCACCUCCAACCUCCUCCACCUCAUGCAAGACUCUUCACCUGCUCAGGCUGAACUGAUUAAGCUUCCUAAGAACCUUUUGGCAAAGGUUUCUACAAUCAAGAAUACAGAGCAGGUUUUACAGCAGUUGCCUGGGGUGAUAUCAUCGCUUGAUGCACACAUGGAAAAUGGGUUACAAAAUGUCCCGCAUCUGAAGACCGUGGUUCAGGUACUUGCAAAUAUGGAAAGUAGUCAGAUUAGUUCGCUAUCCCGCACCAAUCCUAUCCAGAAGAUGUAGGUGGGAGCGGUGGUAGAAAGUGAUGAAUAAAGCAGGAACUUGAACCAGGAAAUCAAUCUCAAGGGACUGGUUAAAGAAACUUGUGUUAUCAAUUCAUGCAGAGUUUUUGGUAGGUUUGGAACUGAGACCAGCUGUGUCUCCUUCAUGAAGUCUUCCUGUAAAUAAAAUGCUGUUCCAUCUUCUGAUGAAGUGCAUGGUUAUUCAACUGAGAAACCUGUUAAAAACUGAUGACAAUGUGCCCAAGUUUUAGAUUGGGGUCCUUGUCCAAAGAAUUCAAGGUUAGGUUAUUAAUUAAUUGAUGACAAUUGGCUGUCUGUAUUCCGUAAUCUAUAACCAUGCAUUUUCGGCUUAUGAUUUUUUU